CAGAAAUAUUGAAGAUAAAAGAAGAAAAAUGUAAGAAAUCCAAUUCAAAAGAAGAUAUUAAACAGAUAUCAUCCAGCAUUCCUGAUGAAGAGAAUAGUAGCAGUAACGGUCAUAUCAACGUAUCAAUAGCUACGAAUGGUGAUCUUACUCUGCCUAUAUCUUUACCCGAUGUCUUGCAGUCGCAAACAUCCUACAAAGUUCUUGCACAAACAGAUAAUUUUGGUAAUGAAUACGUCAAUGAGAAUGCAAUGAGCGAUGUUCUCAAAGAUCAACUGAACGUUUCACUUAUAAAUGUUCCCAUGGAGAUUGAAUUGCAAAACGAGCAUAUGGGCACUAUUAAAACAAAAACAACAUUCACAGAAGAUUCUGUCAAACCAAAAAUAGGUCAGAAAGAAGAAAAUAAGAAGACAAAAAAUCCGAACAAAAAUGACUCAAAGGUGAAAGAAAAUCAGAAAAAAAUACUCUUCAACGAAUCCUCAAAAAAAGUAUUGAAUAAUCUUGAUAAGAAAAAUUUGAAAAGGAAAAGUACUGAUCAGCGUGACCAAGGUUUGAUCAAAAAAUUGAAAGAUGCAGAAUCUGUGAUUAAAGAUUUAAAAACAACUAUUAAAGAAAAAGACGAUGAAAUAAAAGUAUUGAGGCUACGGAAUGGUGGCCUGCAGGACCAAAUAUUAGAUAAAAUGGAAGAAUAUGCUGCUAGACAAAUUAAUCCAUAUUGUUCUAGAAUAAAAGGAGAUUUGCCAAUCGGAAGAAUCAAUUUUGAGACUAACAAGAUAUAUUGCGGCAAUAAUUUUUGGCUUGAUGCACCGGUUUAUUUCGAAGCCGUAACCGUUGCUGCAAGUGGUCUUGAAAAAACACGAUUCAAUAGAUAUACUGCUACGAUUGCUCGUAAACUUUUCGGUACCGAAAUAAAGCAAUACAGCGUUACAGGAAGAGCAUGCAAUUCCGUUCCAGAUUCGGUACCUAGACCACCCCUGGAUCCCGCUAAAUUGAUGGCAAUUCAUAAUAUUUUUCAAUUCUACUGCGAAGAUGUAUUAAAAAAAGAUUCGGUAGAAAUAACACUUCUGUUACAUAAAGUCAAUGGUUAUAUUUCGACAAUGAUAACUGAUGCACGCAGAGAUAGAGGAAAGAAACCAAAAGGACCAAAGAAAAAUCCGAAAGUAAAAAAGGGUAAGAAAAAUUUGAAAUCGUUGGCCCCAUCAGACUAUGAAAGCGAUGAAAUCUUGAAGAGCAAAGAAGAAAGUGAAAAAGAGGAAUCUGAUGAGGACAAAGAAGAAAAUGACGAUAUGCUAAAUGAAGAGAGUGAUAUAGAAGAAGAGAAACAGGGCGGAAAUGACUCAGAAAAAGAGAUUCCUGAUGAAAAUGACUCAGAAGAAGAGAUAGCUGAUGAAAAUGACUCAGAAGAAGAGAUAGCUGAUGAAAAUGACUCAGAAGAAGAGAUGAGUAAGACCAAUGAUUCAGAUGAAGACGCAGAUAGUGCGCAAAAAAAGGCAGACGAGGAAAGUGUUCAAAGUGAGUCAAGUGAAGACGAAGAUAAUUAGUAAAUGUAAGAUGUGCAUUUUGUUUAAUAUUUUCGUGGAAAUAUUUUUGUUUUUACAAAUACUUGGUACAAAUACCUAGUCGUUAUUUGAUAGACGAUCAUUAUAAAAUAUUAGUCUUUGAAACUAAAUUCAACAGACAAAAGAAAAAAUUACUCUUAAAAAUUCUGAAGUUCUUUCACUUGAUUAGAAAUUUAAUAGAUAAAUUAAAUAUAUUAGAUGUCCGUUUUUGUUGAAUAUUUUUUUUAUAAAAUAUUUUAUUUUUUAAAAUAACUAAUGACUACAAGGUAUCGUCAUUUGAUCGGCGAUUUCCAUAAAAUACCAGUCUUUGAAAUUUAAUAUAAUAAUAAAUUAAAAUAAAAAAUUACUUGAAAAAAAU